UGAAAGUGAGUUAAGCGAAUAUGUUGUUGAAAAUGAGUCAAGCGAAUAUGUUGAAAUGAGUCAAGCAAAUAUGAUGAAAGUGAUUCAAGCAAAUAUGGUGAAAGUAAGUCAAGCGAAUGUUUUGUUAAAAUCAAAUGAAUAUGUUGUUGAAGUAAGUCAAGCGAAUAAUUUUGUUGAAGUAAAUCAAGCGAAUAAUUUUGUUGAA